AUGAAUCCUACAGUAGAUCAGCCGUUACCGGCGGAACAUCCCACAGAACCCUCACAACUGCCCGACCGUUCCCCGACCACGGAGCAGCCUCUGUCUAAGAAUGCGCAAAAGAGGCUUGCUAAAGCCGCGCGCGUAGAGGAGCAAAAAAAGGAACGUCGCGCAGCAGAAAAGGAGCGGAGGAAGGAGAGAAGACGGAAGCAGCACGAGGAGAAGAGAGCAGAGAAAGAGCAGGGCGCUCAGAGCGCCGACGAGGAGCGAGCAAGGAAGAAGCGGAAGAUGGGGGAAGGCCCACAAAGACCGUUUGGCGCAAACAUCGUCGUCGAUCUUGGGUUCGACGAUAUGAUGACUGAAAAUGAGAUCAAGUCCCUCACUUCACAACUCGCCUAUACAUACAGCGCGAACAGGAAGGCAGAACGUCCCUUCGCGUCUCUCCUGUUUACAUCGCUCAACGGACGCACAAUGACGCGUCUGGAAUCACUGAGCAAUGCAGCAUAUAAAAGGUGGGUGAAUGCGCACUGGUGGCAAGAAGGAUAUGAGCGACUAUGGGAGGGAUGUCCCCCGGUGAGGCAAAGCGAAGACUCUGGGCAGAAUGAACCUCCUGCUAUCGCCGCUAUAGAGCACACAGGAGACACACACACGGUGAAUGACCGUUUGCCCCAUUCUCAGAAUCGAAAUAUCGAGUGGACAUCCGUUCCAAAGGAGAGCGUAGUAUAUCUCACCGCAGAUUCUGACACGGAGCUGACGGAAUUGAAGGAGGAUGAGACCUACAUCAUUGGUGGUUUGUGUGAUCACAACCGGUACAAGAAUCUCUGUUUGAAUAAAUCUAAUGAUACGAGUAUACGAUCCGCACGUUUACCGAUCGGAACGUAUUUGUCCGAGUUGCGCACUCGGAAGGUCCUCACCGUAAAUCAGACAUUUGAGAUCUUGCUCAAAUGGAUCGAAACACGCGACUGGGAGCAGGCGUUAUGGGCGGUCAUACCAAAGCGGAAGUUCCAGGAUGGCGGGAAUCGAGGGAAGCAUGCAGGUGAGAGAGAUGCGGACGACAGUGAUCAGAACGGGGAUGGGGACCAAAAUGAGCGCGUAAUUGUUGAAGAUACUGGGGAGGUUGUUAUCGACGUUCAAACACUCGAGGAAGCAGAUGACGAGAUGAGGGGCGACAUCAGCUGA